AUGGCCUCAGCUCUACGACGUUGCACGGCAUGCCUGCACCCGUAUAGGCCAGUGACAUUGCGAUGCUCUGGUAGAGCGGCAUCCUCGUCCUCCAAGUCGAAGCGCGAGGAGCCCGAGCCGAGACACAUCGACGAGGACAUUGACGAGUUUGAUGAUGUUCUCGGCGAGCUCCACCGGCGGCGCAAGAAGAUGGACGCAAAGCGUAACCGGACAGGCGGCGACUUCGUUGACUUCCUGCGCGUCACGGUCCGAGGCGGUAAGGGAGGCGCAGGCACCGCAGCCUUCCUCCCAACCAAGCGUGGUCUCGGCCCCCCCUCCGGCGGUAAUGGCGGGCCUGGAGGGUCGGUAUAUCUCGAGACAUCGCCACUCGUCACGUCCUUGACGUCGGUGUCAAACCGGCUCAUCGGUGGGCAGGGCGGCCACGGCGCUGGCAACCUGCGACACGGGCGGCGCGGAGAUGACAUCACUGUCGUCGUUCCAGUCGGCACAGUCAUCCGAGAGAUUGGGCGUGAGGGCGAGGCGGAGAAGACGGGGCGAGAGAACGACGACCUUGGCCUGAGCCGCGAAGAACGGCACAAGCGCACGCAGGAGCGAUGGUUCGUACAGCACCCGACGCUGCAGCCCAACGAGCGCGAGAUGGCCGAGGCUGAGGGCACAUGCCGACGUGCAGGGCGGUGGUCGCGUCCCACCCCGAGCUUUGAGCAGGAGCCGGCGUUGGAGAUGGACAUCUCGGCGCCCUUGACAGCACCUGUACUGCUUGCGCGCGGUGGCGCAGGCGGCCUCGGCAACCCCCACUUCGUGAGCGGCCACAACCGCCACCCGCGCUUGGCGUCGCGCGGCGUCCUCCCACCCACCCGCACCUUCGAGUUUGAGCUCAAACUCCUGGCCGACGUCGGUCUCGUUGGACUCCCGAAUGCGGGCAAAAGCACGCUCUUGCGGGCGUUAACUGGUCGCCGCGCUGAAGUGGCCAACUACGCGUUCACGACCUUGCAUCCGCAAAUCGGUGUCGUGCGCGUGCUGGAAGAUGGGAGCUGGGCCGCUGAACAGCAGGGCCCCGUGGAGGAGACGGAGCAGGAGAGGGAGUUCGACGCUCUGGCCCGCGAGGUAGGCGAGUACGUCCCCCUCGGCCGCGCAUCGCGGGACCGGAAGCGUACUGAGCGCACGCGCUUCUCCGUGAGCGACAAUCCCGGUUUGCUCGCCCGCGCAAGCGAAAACUACGGCCUGGGUCACAGUUUCCUGCGGUCAAUCGAGCGCUCGCUCGCCCUCGCAUACGUCAUGGACGGGCGACGCCCAGACCCGGCUGCUGACAUGCGCGUCCUCCGCGCCGAGCUCGAGGCAUACAAGGCCGGCCUGGCGGGCCGCGCCCGCGUCAUCGCGCUCAAUAAGACCGACGAGCUGCCUGAAGAUGAGAUCGAGAGCAAGGUGGCGGCGCUGCGGGCGACAGUCGAGGAGUUUGGGGACAACGCUGAGGUGCUCGUCAUCAGCGCCAAGUUCGGCACGGGUGUCGACCGUGUGGUGCACUUGCUCGCGGAUGCUGUCGACGCGGCGCGUCCUAAACCUACAGUCAAGGAGGAGAAGCCCGAGGAGAUCGUCGAGAAGGCAGAGGUGGAGGAGUUGUUCUAA